AUGGGUGCACAGAGGAAGCAACAAAAAAAAAAAAAACUGCUUCCUGAAAUGCUCCCCGUCGCGGACUGCGUCUGUUCACUAAACCCGCGCGCCGCUUUUUCUUUCAUCCUCCUUUUUGCUUUUGUUUGGUGGAGUCGAUGCCGACGAUGAUUAGUAAAGUGAAGAGCGCCAUGAACACGCUGGUGGGAGGAAUGAUGCCCCACGGCCACCAUCACCACCACCACCACCACAACCACCACCAUCACGGAGGAAGCUCGCAGCCCGGAGGAGCCGACGGCCUUCCGCCGCGCUUCCCUUACGGCCGCCCGGACUUCCUGGAGCUCACGCCGGAGCUCCUCCAGUAUUCCACCGAGCACGCGUCACGGCCGGUGCUGACGCUGAAGAGAGGCAGCAGACUGCCUUGGCACACGGGAUACGCUGAGGUGAUCAACGCGGGGAAGAGCAUGCUGAACGAGGACCAGGCCUCCUGCGAGAAGCUGUUUGUCAGGAAGCCGAGCGGCAAACAGCGCAACUCUACUCUGCUGGAGGACAACGGGGACGGCACUGGAUUCCCACUUUUCUUCUGGGGGGUCUUUGAUGGACACGCCGGCUCCGGUGCGGCCAUCAUGGCCUCCAAGCUCCUUCACCGCCUCAUCAGGGACCGUCUGGGUGAAGUGUACCACUUGCUGAAGAACAACGGCAGCCCGCCUCCAAUCUGCUUGGCCAAGAACGGCAGUCCCUACCAGGCGGACGGCAAGAAGGCCACGGCGCAGGUGGCGGAGGAGCCCGACGCCGUCAGUGACUCGGCCGUGCGCUUUCACAUGGAGAAGAUGGUGAGCCUGGAGAGCCUGGUGAUGGGCGUCAUUGAGACCGCCUUCAAGGAGAUGGAUGAGCUGAUAGAAAGUGAAAAAGCAUCUUAUGCCAUCUCCGGUGGUUGCUGUGCCUUAGCUGCCAUCCAUCUGAUGGGCAAACUCUAUGUGGCCAACGCCGGAGACAGCAGGGCUAUUAUAAUCCGGAAUAAUGAAGUUAUUCCCAUGACGAACGAGUUUACACCGGAGUCCGAGCGACAACGGCUACAGUAUCUGGGCUUCCUGAGGCCAGAGCUUCUGGGCAACGAGUUCACUCACAUUGAGUUCCCCCGCAGAAUCCAGCACAGCGAGCUAGGCAAGAAGAUGCUCUACCGAGACCACACCAUGACUGGAUGGGCUUACAAGACGAUCGUGGAAGACGAUUUGAAAUUCCCCCUCAUAUAUGGAGAAGGUAAAAAGGCACGAGUCAUGGCGACGAUCGGAGUGACUCGCGGGCUGGGAGAUCACGACCUGAAGGUGUACAACUCCAACAUUUACAUCAAGCCUUUCCUCUCCUGCGUUCCUGAGGUGCAGGUUUAUGACUUUGAGGACAGCAAACACGGCCCAGAUGACGUCCUGGUCAUGGGUACGGACGGACUGUGGGACGUGACGACAGACAAGGAAGUGGCGGACGCCGUGUCGGCCUACUUGUCCUGCUGUGAGCCCACUGACCCUAUGAGGUACACACUGGCGGCGCAGGACUUACUGAUGCGGUCCAGAGGAGUCCUAAAAGAGCGCGGCUGGCGUCUUCCCAACGAGAGACUGGGAUCAGGCGACGACAUCACCGUGUUCGUCGUCCCCCUGGCUGGACACGAGGCGGAGACAUGACGGAGGGACGCGGCUCGCUCGGAACUACUGGAGCACGCAGGCUGGCGGGACGAAGACGGCAUCUUCAUCAACCUCCAGACUCGGACCCAAACCCCCUCACCCAGACCUCAAACCCGGCACCCGGACCCCGGGACAGAGUUGUCAAGUCAGUCGGCCCGUUCCCCGGGCGACGGUUGCUGGUGAGAUUGCGUAGUACUUCCCGUUGAUGUCGAAGGCUGGGCAGCUAGGACCAUGGACUGUGCAUCUUCAUGCCUAAAACUCCCCUUUUGUAGAAAAACAGCCUCUCUGUAGCACUCGCGCCUGCCGGUGAAGAAUGUGGAGGAAACCAAAGACAUGUCGUCAUGGCAACAGGAUGGAACGAACACAUGAUAAAAAGAAUGGAGUUGACAUGUUAGUUCAAAGGACCUUUUUUUGCACGCCGCAUAAUCAUCCGUCUGCCGGGGUGUCACGUUACGCCAUAAUCGCAAUUUUUGGUACGUACUGUCAUCGCUCGACACAUCUUGCUUCAAAUAUUGCCGCUUCACCACAUUACAGAUUUCUUGUCCUUUUUUUUUAAGCUUAAAGGCCUACUGAAAUGAGAUGUUCUUAUUUAAACGGGGAUAGCAGGUCCAUUCUAUGUGUCAUACUUGAUCAUUUCGCGAUAUUGACAUAUUUUUGCUGAAAGGAUUUAGUAGAGAACAUCCACGAUAAAGUUCGCAACUUUUGGUCGCUAAUAAAAAAGCCUUGCCUGUACCGGAAGUAGCAGACGAUGUGCGUGUGACGUCACGGGUUGUGGAGCUCCUCACAUCCUCACAUUGUUUACAAUCAUGGCCACCAGCAGCAAGAGCGAUUCGGACCGAGAAAGCGAUGAUUUCCCCAUUAAUUUGAGCGAGGAUGAAAGAUUUGUGGAUGAGGAAAUUUAGAGUGAAGGACUAGGAAAAAAAAAAAAGACGCGAGUAGGAGCGAUGCAGAUGUUAUUAGACACAUUUACUAGGAUAAUUCUGGAAAAUCCCUUAUCUGCUUAUUGUGUUACUAGUGUUUUAGUGAGAUUAUAUGGUACCUGAAACUCGGAGGGGUGCGGCCACGGGUGUGGUGACCGCCAGUGUCUCUGAGGGAAGCCACGUUUCUCGACGACAAAGGCAGCAGUUGGAGCCGGGCUGAGAUAUUUACACAUUUACAUUUACUAGGAUAAUUCUGGAAAAUCCCUUAUCUUCUUAUUUAGUUACUACUGUUUUAGUGAGAUUAUAUGGUACCUGAAACUCGGAGGGGUGCGGCCACGGGUGUGGUGACCGCCAGUGUCUCUGAGGGAAGCCACGUUUCUCGAUGACAAAGGCAGCAGUUGGAGCCGGGCUGAGAUAUUUACACAUUUACAUUUACUAGGAUAAUUCUGGAAAAUCCCUUAUCUGCUUAUUUAGUUACUAGUGUUUUAGUGAGAUUAUAUGGUACCUGAAAGUCGGAGGGGUGCGGCCACGGCUGUGGUGACCGCCAGUGUUUCUGAGGGAAGCAACAUUUCUCGACGACAAAAGCAGCAGUUGGGGCUGGGCUGAUAUAUAUAUUUUUUUCCCCCUCCUCCACGGUGGAAGCAUCCCACGUUCUGGGGCGGCCGGUCUGAAGAGGCAAGAGAGUCGCUGCUGCCUUAUUACCACAAAUUUCUCACCGACAUGUGAUGAAGUGAAGUGAAUUAUAUUUAUAUAGCGCUUUUUCUCUAGUGACUCAAAGCGCUUUACAUAGUGAAACCCAAUAUCUAAGUUCCAUUCAAACCAGUGUGGGUGGCACCGGGAGCAGGUGGGUAAAGUGUCUUGCCCAAGGACACAACGGCAGUGACUAGGAUGGCGGCUGCGGGAAUCGAACCUGCAACCCUCAAGUUGCUGGCACGGCCGCUCUACCAACCGAGCUAAACUGCUCUGUUCCAUCGUAAAGCUUCACCAUCAUCUUUCAGGGAAUGUAAACAAGGGAACACCGGCUGUGUUUGUGUUGCUAAAGGCGGCCGCAAUCCACCGCUUCCCACCUACAUCUUUCUUCUUUGACGUCUCCAUUAUUAAUUGAACAAAUUGCAAAAGAUUCAGCAACACAGAUGUCCAGAAUACUGUGUAAUUAUGCGAUUAAAGCAGACUUAUAGCUGGAAUCGGGCUGGAAAAAGAAAUGUCCGCUACAACCGGUGACGUCAAACGCACGCGUCAUCAACAGGACACUUGGCACAAAAUUUAAAAUUGCAAUUUAGUAAACUAAAAAUGUUGCAAUGUUAAUAUUUCAUCAUUGAUAUAUAAACUAUCAGACUGCGUGGUCGCUAGUAGUGGCUUUCAGUAGGCCUUUAAUUAAUGUGUAUGCAGUACAUGUGUGACAGUAUCGCAGUACAGUGAACAACCAACUCCCAGAGCGUGUACCAUGCAUGGCGCGGUACCAAUCCGUGUACCAUUACACCCCUGUCUGUCUAUCCGCCUUCUCCUUUUCCCCCAGCAAUGGCACUUGAGGAAUGUAUUGCACAUGUGAUGUCAUUAUGUCCAACAUGAAGAGCAUGAAUGUCGGUGCAUAACAACAUGGGUGUUGUAAGAUGUGAUGAAGCUCAUCAAAAAUACGCCCUUCAAUGUGUUGUGUGCAUCUCUUUAUUCACCCCGGUUUUUAGAUCCUCCAUAUAUUUUUGAAAGAGUACUGGAAAUUUUAUUUUGAUAUUUCCUUCCGUAAGUGCUUGGGUAGAAAGGUGAAGUGGCGUGUCUUGUACAUACGUGUACGUGUACAUACAUGUACGUGUACAUGUAUACUGUAUAUAUCUGUGGGAUGAAAUCGACUAAUAGUGUUCCGCCUCAGAAAUAAAUCAUUUGUUUUCCCA